AUGAUGAUGCGUAUAAGCAUCUUACUCAUAUCGUUCUUCGUCCAAUACAGCUCAGCUUGCCAAACUGGCUGUGAAUGUCCCACGAAGACUGUCGCCAUUUGCUCAUCAGCACACUUUCGGACAAUUCCAAUACUUCUUGAUCCACGUAUAACCGUAUUGGAUUUAUCGAACAAUCAAAUCAGUCGACUAUCAGCUGAUGACUUGAGUGUCUAUCCAAACUUGAAACGAUUGUCUCUUCGGAAUAACUCCAUUAGCCAUCUGUCGUCUGAUGUUUUUGCUUCAUUAAAUGAUUUGGAGCAAUUGGAUUUAUCAUCGAAUCAAAUACUCUUCCUGCCCAGUCAUGUGUUCAGGAACCUUCGCAAUCUCAAGCGAUUAGAUCUAUCUUACAAUGAGAUCGAGCUCAAUCAGGACAGCCUGACAGGAUUGGCUGCUUUGAAAACGCUUCAGUUGUCAAAUAACCGUCUCUCUUAUCUGCCACCAUCAAUUUUCCGUCCUUGUGCCGUCCUAGAAGAGUUGGAUUUAUCAUAUAAUCAGCUUCAUGCAAUGCCUGCAAGUCUAAUGGCUAACUUACCAACCCUGCAAAGACUUCAUCUCCAACAUAAUCUUCUUCCAACCUUGGAGACCGGCAUGUUCAAUGCUCAAAAGGAACUUGAAUACUUGGAUUUAUCUUCGAAUAUUCUGUCGGAGAUUCAAGAUGCUGCCUUCUUUGGCAUGGAUAAUCUGACUGUUCUCAACAUGACCAAUAAUAUGCUAAGCCGAUUACCCGGAAACGCUUGGCCUUUGCCCGCUUUACGAGUUCUGGAUCUUAGCGCCAAUCUCUUCGUUGUACUGGAGACAGCAAGUUUUGAUGAUUUGCCAUCAUUGAGAUAUCUCAAUCUCUCAUAUUCCACCAAUCUUCGCACCAUUCAGAUGUCUGCUUUCGUCUGCUUGUCUGCCCUUAAUUGGCUCUCAUUAGCGCAUUCAUCCUUGGCAACAAUUUCAUCUGCCGCCUUCGCACCUUUCCCACCUCUUCGUCAUCUGGAUUUAAGUCAUAACCAGCUUGUAUCAGUUGCACCAGAGUUGAACAUUGCUCGUGUUCCAUCUCUCCUGCUCCAGAACAAUAGCUGGCACUGUGAUUGCGAUUUGAGAGCUCUCAAUCUGAACUCAGACGCUCUUUGUGCGUCCCCCGAUAACGUUAAGGGACAGCCAAUAAAAGCUUUGGGUGAAUGUAUACUUCUUCAAGGUUUCUUGGCUCCGCUGCUACUAGGCAUCACUCUCCUUAUCUUGGCUGUUAUUGUCCUGAUAUUAGCAGUUCGCCGACCAAGCACAUCAACUCGUCACAGACGCCAUCCUGGCUGUAGUUCUUCUAGUUCUACUUCAAGUUCUAGCUCAGCUUACCAACUAGGUCAUGACAGCCUCUUACCAUCAUCUGUUGUUACAUACGGCUCGAAAAAGCAUAAACAGUAUGCGUUCGACCAGUACAUACCAUCACCUUGUGAAUCAUCAAAUGACUCGGCUUAUGAAAGCCCAAUAAGCUCAUUCUUACCGCCUGCAACACCAGCCCCCACAUAUUACUCAUUGGGACCAAAUUCUGGAAAAUAUAUCUUAACCGGGCAUGUUCCUUCCACUUGCAUUUGA